GAAGCCCAGGAGGGCCGAGAGCGGAGUUCUGCCUGUAGGAAAUUUAGCGGUAGAAACCCAGGUAGCGGCGGUGAGGAGGUGUCUUGGGCCCAAUGGCGACCGUGCAGGGUGGCAGCAGCGGCGAGAAAGGGCAGGGCGGCGAGACCUCCGUCACCUACUAUCGGUUGGAGGAGGUGGCGAAGCACAACUCUUCGAAGGAACUAUGGCUAGUGAUCCACGGGCGAGUCUACGAUGUCACCAGCUUUCUUAACGAGCAUCCUGGUGGAGAAGAGGUUCUGCUGGAACAAGCUGGUAUAGAUGCAAGUGAAAGCUUUGAAGAUGUAGGCCAUUCCUCUGACGCCAGAGAAAUGCUAAAGCAGUACUACAUCGGUGAUCUCCAUCCGAAUGACCUGAAACCUCAAGGUGGUAGCAAGGAUCCUUUGAAAAAUAAUUCAUGCAGAAGUUGCUGGUCCUACUGGAUUUUGCCCAUUGUAGGCGCUAUUCUCCUGGGUUGCCUGUAUCGUUACUACACUGCGGAAAGCAAAUCUUCCUGAGCAGAUCUUGUUGAAGCCUAGAAAACACAUCCACUUGGGAGUAAAAAUUAGACUUGCUUGGGGGGCUGCAGCAGUACCCCUCAAAUCCUGCCAGUUACAUAUUCCUUCCCCUUCGAGCCAA